AUGCUGCUCUUUGUACUGCUGACCAGCUUUGUCCGUCAAAGUUGGAACCUCGGCGUCGCUUUCUUGUGCUUCUGGCUCUUCAUCGAGAAUUUGAUUUACGCUGUUAAUGCCAUCAUCUGGUUUGAUAACGCCGACGUCAAGCUUUAUGCAUACUGCGACCUUGUGACACGCGUACUGAUUGUCACGUUUGUCGUGAAGCCUAUGGCAACGUUGAUCAUUACGCGAAGACUGUACUUGAUUACCAGUCGGCAAUCUGUGAGACCGCCCAGUAAGGCCAUUGGGCGCAGAGAUUGUGCGAUUGAAUGGACGCUCGGGUUGGUUAUCCCUAUUCUCGUCGCAGGGCCUCUUUACUACGUAGUUCAAUGGCUCAGAUUUGAAGUGGAUGCGGGCUAUGGAUGUCGCAACGCCCCUGAACCCUCGGGACUCACAAUUCUACUGCUCUUGUCAUGGGCGGUGGUACCUCCUCUGGUGUCCGUACUCGUAUACUAUCCUCAUGUUGCCAGAAUCUUCUACCAUCAGCACCAGGACGUCAACCGCUUCCUGCGAAGCGACGGCCCCGAUUCGGUAUCCCGCGCGUCCUUCUUUCGGAUCCUCGCGCUUGCGAGCAUCGACACUCUUUUCACCUUGCCCGUAGGCAUCGCGAGCAUCACCUUGUCUGUGACAGCAGCCAUAGCUCAGGACUCCUUCCCAUUCUAUUUUGGCUGGGCAAGAAGCCACACGGAUUGGGAGCCCGCUAGUUUCACCCAAGCAGACAUUGCCUCGGUGGGGACAUCCAGUGUAGUCGAGCAUUACUUCACUCAAUGGACUUCCCCGGUCCUCGCGUUCGUCAUCUUCGGCCUCUUCGGCUUCACCUCAGAAGCUCGCACAUCGUACUGGAAAAUUGUCUGCGCCAUCUGCGGCUGGUUCGGCUGGAAGUCGGUGUCCCGUGCGCGCAGCGGCCCCGACUCGUCGCUGGGAUCCAUCGAGUUUGGUGCACGGGCUCCUCAGGGCUCCGUGUCAUUCGGUCUUGGAUCACAACCGGGGAUCGUCAUCUCGAAUGCGCAUGCGCGAGAGAUCGCCAUAGAAGGCAGAGGAGAGAAUGGAAUGGGCGAGGUGAAAGGAGGCAGUCUGAAUGAAGCUGUGGUAGAGGUAGCGCUUCAAGUACAAAAGGACCGAUCGUGUGUCACCCGUCCCGAGGAGGACCGGGAGAAUGCUGAGGCGGAAGCACCCGCGGUGGACGCGACGAGUGCAGUGUAG